AUGUUUCACGAACGUGAUCUUCAUAUUUCUCUCGAGAAAUCGAAUUCUCGCGAUAUUUCAAUCCAGGGGUUUGGGUUUUUGGUGUUUGGAUUGAUGGAAAAUAGAGUAGGAAAGUCUCAUGGAGUGGAAAUUCCUAAGAAAUCGAGAUCUUUGGAUCUUAAGAGUCUCUAUGAAUCUAAAAAUUCUAAAGGGGAUCGAAAUAGUAAUAAUUUGAAGCGGAAGGGUGGUGGUUUAGUUGGUGAUGAAAAGGGACACGAGAAGAAGAAGAGUAGAAAGGAGGCAUCUAUUAGUCGUUUUAAGAAUGUUAACAGUAGCUAUAGAAAGAGUUUAAAGGAAGUGUAUAAUGGGAGUGUGAGUUCAGGUCUGAAGGAUUCGAAUUCUGGGUUGAUUCAGAGAUUGGCCGAUAGUAAUGGGUUCAGUGGUGCUUCAUUACCUUUGGAAGAUGGGGCUGUUAAAAUCCCUAGGCGAAAACGGGGGUUUGUGGGGCGAAGGAAGGUGGAGAAUGGUGGUGAGGGGUCCAAGCUGGCAGGAGGGUUUGGCAGGGAAAAGGGCAUUGCUGAUCAGGCCGAUAAGUUAACUGGUGAAGACGAGGGAAAAUGUUUUGAAAAUGGAAGUCAAGAGCUGCAGUCAGUAGGUAUAUCUGGUGGCGAAGUAGGCGAUGCUGAUCAGGCUAGUAAGUUAACUGGUGAAGAUAAGGGCAAGCAGGUUGAGCCUUCAGAGGCAAAACAGAAGAAAGGUUCGGAUGAUUUGAAAGAACUUGGAAAUGGUGAAUUGAAUGGAAGUAGGCAUUUGGAGGAAGAAGACAGGCAUUAUGGUAAUUCAGUUGCAACAAGGAGAGAUUCAUCUUCAAAGAAGUCUCAUAAUGGCCCUUUGGUUGAUAAUAAUGCUGGUUCAUCUCUGAAAAAGUCACUGAGGACGCGGAGUAGGAAAAAGAAGGAUAUGAUGUCUGAUAAGAAAAGAACCAAGGAGUCUGACCCAUCUGUUGAUACUUCUAUAAAGAUCAGUGAUGUUUUGCAUGAUGAGGAUGAGGAGAAUCUCGAAGAGAAUGCAGCAAUGAUGCUAUCAUCACGAUUUGAUCCAAGCUGCACGGGCUUUUCUUCAAACAGCAAAGCCUCAGCUUCACCAUCUAAAAAUGGUUUCCGAGAAUUUGUUGCUUGUGGCUCUAGCUAUGUCUCUGGAUCUGAAUCUUCAUCUGUUGAUACCGAUGGUAGAGUAUUACGACCUAGGAAACAGAACAAAGAGAAGGGUAACACGAGGAAACGACGCCAUUAUUAUGAAAUUGUCUCUGGGGACUUGGAUGCCCAUUGGGUGUUGAACCGGAGAAUCAAGGUCUUUUGGCCUCUGGACCAGAGUUGGUAUCAUGGUCUUGUUGGUGACUAUGACAAAGAGAGGAAGCUUCAUCACAUUAAAUAUGAUGAUCGGGAUGAGGAAUGGAUUAAUCUCCAAAAUGAAAGAUUUAAACUCUUGUUGCUCCCCAGUGAAGUUCCAGGUAGGACUCGAAGGAAAAGGUCAGGGACAAGAAACAAGCCCUCUGAUGGAGGGAAAGAAAAACUGAUGUCCAGAAAAGAAAAGAGGGACUUGAUGACAGAGGAUGAUAGCUACGAAGGGGCUUAUAUGGAUUCGGAGCCUAUCAUCUCGUGGUUGGCUAGAUCUACUCGUAGAGUCAAAUCUUCUCCUCUUCAUGCCUUGAAGAAACAGAAAACAUCCUAUCCAUCUUCUAAUAUGACACCAUUGUCUUCCCUAAACAGGGAUAAAGGCAAGUUAUCUAGUAAUUCUGCUUCAUCAGACAGUGUAGCCACUGAUGGAAGGAGUGAUUUGCCUGUGAUGGAGAGCCCUGUUUUCCCCAAAGGUAGCAAGGUCCCUAUUGUUUAUUACAGAAAGCGGUCUCGCAAGAGCGAUAUGUUUCGUCAUGAAUCCAAGGGCAUUCAUAUUUCUGGCAGUGUACCAGAGUCUGAUAGUUCUCUUGUGCCUCUUACUGUUGCUUUAGGGGCUUUGAAAGAGCAUGAUACUUCUCUUGGAAGAUUGGAUCUUGAUGAGGAUUUGGAUGGGCUGGAUGCUUUUGAUUGUUUAUGGCCAACUGGUAAUGCAGGGUUGUUAAGAUUAAAUAUUUCUGCCUUAGAAUCAAGAGGGUUCAGGUUCAAGUUAAGCUUCCUGUUGCCUUCUGUCCCAAAUUGUUACUCAUUUGGCUCAGAAAAUGUCUGGUUGAUCCAUGCUGUGCUACUGCUUCAGUAUGGUGUGCUUAUGACUACAUGGCCAAGGAUUCAUAUGGAGAUGCUUUUUGUUGAUAAUAUGGUUGGAUUGAGGCUUCUCCUGUUUGAAGGUUGCUUGAGGCAGGCUGUAGCUAUUGUUUUCCUGGUCUUGACAGUAUUUCAUCAACCUAAUGAGCAGCAGGGGAAAUGUGCUGACUUCCAGUUGCCAAUAACUUCAAUCAGGUUCAAAUUCUCUUGCACUCAAGAUUUUAGAAAGCAGUUUGCCUUUGCAUUCUACAGCUUCUCUGAAGUGGAGAAUUCAAAGUGGAUGUACCUGGACCAUAAGCUCAAAAGGCAUUGCUUGCUUUCUAGGCAACUACCUCUGUCUGAAUGCACUUAUGAUAACAUUACGGCAUUGCAAUGUGGAACAAAUCGGCCUUUCAGUCCUUUGGUCUACAGUGAUGCCACCUUAAAUAAGGUUUUGCAUGGGAGGUCUAGGCGGAGUAUCAGCCUCAUGGGGAUCUCCAGAGAUUCUACUUAUGUUAAUGUCAGUCAGUCUUCUGCUAAGCCUGACAAGAAUCACAGAUGUUUACAUUCAUUUGCGCUCUCUUUUACUGCUGCUCCUACUUUCUUUUUGGGUUUGCAUCUAAAGAUGCUCAUGGAACAUAGUGUGACACAUGUUAACUUUCGGGAUCAUGAUUCAAUAGAGUAUCCAGAAAAAUCCAGUGGUUUGUUGGCUGAUAACUACUGUAGCAUAAAGGACUGCUCCAAAGCAUGUUUAGAUAGCAUUCCUGGUAAUGAUUUCAAGGUUUUGUCGAGGGUUGCUGACUUUGAUGGAUGCAUAUCUCGUGCUACUAAACCAGAGUCACAAACUGUUGAUGCCUCCAUUUGCAGUGUCGGGGAUUGGAAAAAGACCUUGUCAAACCAAAGUGGCAAUGUAAAUGUUGAAAUUUCUGGAAGCUCCAAAGAUCUUGGAGAAUCGGGAAGUGGUGCAAUUGUCCCAUUGCAGAAUUUGGAAUGCAAUCAUUUGGAGUCACAACCGCGUGACUUGCUGCCAAGGCCAUCAGUUAACAAAGAUGAGACCAAUACUGGUUCUCAUGCUCUUCCGAAUGGUAUCACGGUUGAAGUUCCAUCAGUUAAUCAGUUUGACCAGCAUGUUAAUAAGGAAUUGCACAGUGUUCAACAGCCAUCUGAUUUGUCUUGGAAUAUGAAUGGUGGGGUUAUUCCCAGCCCAAACCCUACUGCUCGCAGAAGUACCUGGCAUCGAAAUAGAAGUAGUUCUGCAUCUUUUGGAUGGUCUGACGGAAGGGCUGACUUUCUCCAAAACAAUUUUGGUAAUGGACCUAAGAAGCCACGGACUCAGGUUUCUUAUGCAUUGCCUUUUGGAGGUUUUGAUUACAGCCCGAGGAAUAAAGGACCUCAGCAGAAAGGGUUUCCACAUAAACGAAUCAGGACAGCCACUGAGAAGAGGACUUCUGACAUUUCCAGGGGUUCUGAAAGAAACUUAGAGUUGUUGUCUUGUGAUGCAAAUGUGUUGAUUACAAAUGGUGACAAAGGAUGGAGAGAAUGUGGGGUGCAGGUUGUACUAGAGCUUUUCGAUCAUAAUGAGUGGAGGCUUGGUGUUAAGAUUUCAGGAACUACAAAGUAUUCAUACAAGGCACAUCAGUUUCUGCAAACUGGGUCAACAAAUCGGUACACACAUGCCAUUAUAUGGAAAGGAGGAAAAGAUUGGACAUUGGAAUUUCCUGAUAGGAGUCAGUGGGUUCUUUUUAAAGAGAUGCAUGAAGAAUGCUAUAAUCGGAACAUUCGUGCUGCAUCAGUUAAAAACAUUCCUAUUCCUGGGGUCCGCUUGAUAGAGGAAAAUGAUGAAAAUGGAAUAGAAGUGCCUUUUUUUCGGGGUUGUAAGUACUUUAGGCAGCUUGAAACAGAUGUUGAGAUGGCUCUGGAUCCAUCAAGGGUGCUGUAUGACAUGGAUAGUGAUGAUGAACAGUGGAUGCUGAAAAAUCGAAGUUCAGAAGCCACCAAUAGUUCAUGGCAGGUUUCAGAAGAAAUGUUUGAGAAGGUGAUGGACAUGUUUGAGAAGGCUGCAUAUUCUCAACAGCGGGACCAGUUUACAUCCAAUGAAAUAGUGGAGCUUAUGUCUGGAAUUGGUCCCACAGAAGCCAUCAAAACCAUCCAUGAAUAUUGGCAGCAUAAGCGGCAGAGGAAGAGAAUGCCUUUAAUCCGUCAUCUCCAGCCGCCGCUUUGGGAAAGGUAUCAGCAGCAAUUAAGGGAGUGGGAACAAGCAAUGACAAGAAGUAACACAGGCCUCCCCAAUGGAUGCAAUGAGAAGGUUGUGCUUGCAGUCAAGCCACCAAUGUGUGCUUUCUGUUUGAAACCUCGGGGUUUGGAAGUGCCUAACAAGGGAUCAAAACAAAGGUCACAUAGGAAAUUUUCAGUUGCUGGACAAAGCAAUGCUUUUGCCGGAGAUCAUGAUUGCUUGCAUCCUUAUGGAAGAAGAACAAAUGGCUUUGCCUUUGGGGAUGAAAAGACCAUAUAUCCAGUACAUAAUAAUGAAUCUUUUGAUGAUUCCCCAUUACCUCAGAUAUCACCUAGGGUGUUUUCACCACAAGAUGCUUGUGGCCCUGGAUAUUUCUCAAUGACUGGUGAUAGGUAUGAUAGAAAUCGUCUCCAGAAACUUCGCAGGACCAAGUCAAAGAAACUUGGGACCUUUGUGUCUCCCUUUGAUACACAGAUGGCUACUUCAUGUAAUCAGAGAAUGUUGGAUCAGAGAAAUGGAUUUCAUCGGUGGAAUGCAGGUUUUUCUGACUGGCCUAGCCAGCAGCAUCACCAGAUAGAUGGAUAUAUGAAGCAUGGCCUUGAAAAGUUGAAUGGUUCAGAUCUUGAUGAGUUCAGGUUGCGUGAUGCUUCUGGUGCGGCUAAGCAUGCACUUAAUAUGGCUAAGCUCAAGAGAGAAAGGGCACAAAGAUUGCUUUACAGGGCAGAUCUUGCAAUUCACAAGGCAGUGGUUGCUCUAAUGAAUGCUGAGGCGAUCAAAACUUCUUCUGAGGACUUAAAUGGUGAUGGGUAG